GCCAUGUGCUUUUGAAGCAGCGGACCCAGAAGGAUCCUGUGUGGUUUCAGCUCGGCUCGCAUCCUCCAGGACACCGGGACCAGCAUCCUCCAGGACACCGGGACCAGCAUCCUCCAGGACACCGGGACCAGCGGCUCCAGCCCCCGGGCACCAUGUACUGCUCCACCCGCUGCCUCCGGUCCGCGCUGCGGGUCGCGGCCAACACGCACCGGCAACACCUCCAGCGGCAGACCCCGGCUCUGUGUGCACUCAGACUUCUGAGGACCAGCCCGACCCCCCACUCAGACGCCAUCGCCGCCCCCCCGUUGGACGGAGCACCCCGACAGUAUUCCCCCAAAAUCGAGCAGCUGGUCAAUGACAUCGCCAGCCUCACUUUGUUAGAGGUGUCGGACCUCAACGAGCUCCUCAAGAAAACUCUGAACAUUCAGGAUGUUGGAAUGAUGCCGAUGGGUGCAGCAGCUUUGCCUUUGGCUCAGGCUGCAGAAGAGGAGGACGUCCCGGCCAAGAAAGAGAAAACUCACUUCACAGUCAAACUGACGGAAUUAAAGGGGGCGGAAAAAGUCAAACUUAUAAAGGAAGUGAAGAACUGCAUUCAAGGCUUGAAUCUGGUUCAGGCUAAGAAACUAGUGGAGGCUCUUCCACAGGAAAUCCGGGCAAACGUAUCCAAAGAAGAGGCAGAGAAACUGAAAGCGGCCCUGGAGGCGGCAGGCGGGACUGUGGUUUUAGAGUAGAUCUUCGUAGCCAUGUUUUCAUCAGUCUGCUGCUCCAGCACUUCGUCCUUCAUUUUAUUAUUUCUGUUUUUUUUUUUUUUUUU